CUCUCAACGUACGUCCGCAAACACUAAACACUCCUCGGGAACCAUCAAAUUCUUAAACAAAAACAAUUAAUAUAUUAACCUUUUUUUUUAAUGCCCUUCUCCAAUCACAACAUAAUCGCUCUCUCUUCAGUCUCUGAACAGGUGCAGACCAUUUUUUUUUCUUUUCUCAGUAAUGGCACAAAUGUAGAGAAGGAUAGACUCUGAGAGUAGAAGCAAAUAUGCACCUCAAAUUGCUCCCAACCUUCUUCAGUUUUUGUAUCCUCGUUGUCGCGGUCGUCGCUGUUGACAAUGCUGAGACCUCGGCGUUGUUAUCAAUCAAAUCCGGUCUCAUCGAUCCUCUCGGUCUGCUGAGCAACUGGACGAAGAAUACACCAUAUUGCCGAUGGAAUGGCGUGCAGUGCGACUCAACAGGCUCCGUUGAGGGCCUCGGCUUGUCACGAAUGAAUCUCAGCGGGAAAAUCUCUGAAGAAAUACAACACUUGACGUCACUCGCUCGCCUCAAUCUCUGCUGCAACGCAUUCUCGAGUUCUCUACCGAGAUCACUGACGAAACUUCAGAAACUCGAGGUGCUCGACGUGAGCCUCAACUCAUUCGCAGGUCUGUUUCCUACUGGUUUCACUGCAACAGGGCUCACCGUCGUUAAUACCUCGGGUAAUAAUUUCGUAGGGCUAUUGCCUGAGGAUUUUGGUAACCUGACUUCCCUCGAGAUCUUGGACCUCAGGGGAAGUUUCUUUGAAGGAUCGAUACCAAAGUCCUAUAGAAACCUGCGGAAUCUCAAGUUCUUGGGCGUCUCUGGAAAUAAUCUUACCGGAAAAAUCCCUGCAGAGCUCGGCGAGCUCUCAAUGCUGGAGAAGCUCAUAAUUGGGUACAAUGGUUUUGAAGGGGGGAUUCCUCCGGAAUUUGGAAAUCUGUCGAGUCUUCGGUAUCUCGAUAUUGCAGUUGGAAAUCUCGAUGGUGAGAUUCCUAUGGAGCUCGGUAAGAUGCAAUCUCUCACCACUGUUUAUCUCUACAAGAACAAUCUCAAGGGUGACAUUCCGAAGGAGAUCGGAAAUAUGUCCGCGUUGGUACUGCUUGAUCUCUCCGACAACCAAAUCUCGGGCGCAAUACCGAUUGAGAUCGCUCGACUGAGCAAAUUACAGCUGCUGAAUUUGAUGUGCAAUCGGUUGACAGGCUCAAUCCCUGCUGGCAUUGACGAGCUGACGAAGCUGCAGGUGCUUGAGCUGUGGAACAAUUCACUGACGGGUCCCUUGCCAGCGAAUCUUGGGCGGAACUCAUCGCUCCAGUGGCUCGACGUUUCGUCGAAUUCACUAUCGGGUGAGAUCCCUGAUGGGUUGUGCAAUGGGAAUAACCUGACCAAGCUCAUUCUCUUCAACAACCAAUUUUCAGGUCCGAUACCAAUGAGUCUCUCGUCAUGCAGUUCCUUGGUACGAGUUCGAAUGCAGAACAAUAAGUUCAAUGGCACAGUUCCAAAUGGGCUUGGCAAGUUGGCAAAGCUACAGAGGCUAGAAUUGGCGAGUAACGAGCUCGAUGGGGAAAUACCAGCAGAUCUCGCCUCGUCGUUAUCCCUAUCGUUCAUCGAUCUCUCCCACAACCAUCUCAAGAGCUCUCUUCCCUCAAACAUACUAUCGAUCCCAACUCUUCAGAGCUUCAUGGCAUCCGAUAAUGAGCUCACCGGAGAUAUCCCCGCCCAUUUCCAAGACUUCCCUUCGCUCUCUGAGAUUGAUCUUUCCAAUAACAACCUCUCCGGGAGAAUUCCAGCGAGCCUCGCUUCUUGCGAGAAGCUCGUGAAGCUGAACCUUGGAAGCAACAGGCUCACCGGAGAAAUCCCCACUGCAAUUGCAAUGAUGUCUACGCUCGCAAUUAUCGAUCUAUCUAAUAAUCUCCUCACAGGAUCCUUCCCUGAGAGUUUCGGAAAUUCACCGGCGCUCGAGAUGCUGAACUUGGCGAACAACAAUCUCUCAGGCCCGGUUCCGACCAAUGGAAUACUGAAGACUAUGAACCCGAACGAGCUUGCGGGCAAUCCAGGCCUCUGCGGAGGCGUGCUACCUCCGUGCGGGUCCGCAAUCAGCCACUCAAUAAUGACGAGUCGACGGAGUGACCAUAUCAAACACAUCGUUGCUGGAUGGGCGACGGGAGUCGCCGCGGUGCUUGCCAUUGCCAUUGCCGUCUUCGCUGUUCACCAACUGUACAGAAGAUGGUACACCGUUGACGGAUGCUUCUGCGAUGGAUGCGAUGAAGAGACCAGCAGCGGAUCGGCCAUGCGGCUCCACGCAUUCCAGCGCCUGAAUUUCGCCAGCGGUGACAUACUAUCCUGCAUCAAGGAGUCCAAUGUAAUCGGAAUGGGUGCAACGGGGAUUGUGUACAAGGCCGAGCUCCAGCGACCGCACACAACAGUGGCAGUCAAGAAGCUCUGGCGGAGCGAUAACAGCAACAUAGUCGACGUCGAUUCCGACAUCGCCGGAGAAGUGACCGUGCUCGGAAAACUCCGGCACCGCAACAUUGUCCGGCUACUCGGCUACCUCCACAAUGACACGAAUACGAUGAUUUUAUAGUACAUGCCCAACGGCAGACCUCUGGAGGCGUUCCACGGGCCCACCAGGGCACACCGAAUCCUGAAUUGGGUAAGCCUACGUAAAUGUGGCAGCGCCGGCAUUAGCCCCAGGGGCUCGCUUACCUCCAACUGCCACCCGCCCAUAAUCCACCGGGACAUCAAGUCGAACAACAUUCUCCUCGACGGGAAUUUGGAAGCUCGCAUCGCAGACUUUGGUCUUGCGAGGAUGAUGAUGAGGAAGAACGAGACUGUGUCGAUGGUUGCAGGAUCGUACGGAUACAUUGCGCCAGAAUAUGGGUACACGUUGAAGGUCGACCAAAAGAGCGAUAUCUACAGCUUCGGAGUCGUGUUAAUGGAGCUCGUGACAGGGAGGAGGCCGGUAGAGCCAGAAUACGGCGAGAGCCAGGAUAUAGUAGGAUGGGUACGAGAUAAGUUGAGGGACAACAGAGGGGUGGAGGGAGUAUUGGACCUGAGCACCGGCGGGCAAACAAAACAUACACAGGAGGAGAUGGUGCUCGUCCUUCGGAUCGCCGUGCUGUGCACAGCGAAGCUACCGAAGGACCGGCCAACGAUGAGGGAUGUCGUGUCGAUGCUUGGAGAGGCGAAACCUCGCCGGAAAAGUAGCAGCGCUGCCGGAAGUGGCGGUUGUUAAGGACCGACCCGGUGUUUUUAGUGCGUCGCCCGGAAAUGAAUUUGUGUAGAAGCUACCGAGGAUUUGUUUUGCUUUUGUAUGUAGACUUGUAAGUAGUUUUUUUGUGGUGAGAUAGUGUGAUUCUGUGUGGAUGGAGAUAUCUGAAAGUUCCAUCUGAUCAGCAUAAUGGUGAAUUGAAGGAUCAUUUUUAUUUUUGUAAAUCCUAAUUAGUGAUGUUUUUUUCAUUUUGUAGACUCAAUUAUUGAUA